UGAAUCAGAAAGGAGUUUGUGGAUUUGCAUGUCCUAUGGCUGUGAGUCCAGCUGGGGGUGGGUCUUACAGGGAACUGAAACUUAAUUGAAAGAAGUCAGUGCUGGGCUUUUCCUUAGCCUUAGCUGCAAUCCUCCAUUCUGACAAGGAUGUCUGGGGUUGGAGGAUGGAGGGGAGGCAGCAGGUACAGGACAGCUGCUGCCUCCAGUACCCCGUUUUCCUCUCAGGUUUACAACAAUCAACCAGAGGCGGCUGGAAAACCUCCGCAGCUGAUGACAUCUGGAGAGGAGCAAAGGCACCAAGCAUCAGCCUACCAUCAGCAGCAAGAGCAGCAUGUCAGCUCGUAUGUCUUGAUUACUCCAAAUGAAACCAGAAGAAACCAGUUGCAACAAAUUGCUAAGAAAGAGCUAGAUGACCUGGAGCGCUGGAAGGAAGAGCACAGGCCAAGGCCCAUUAAGUUGAUUCCACAGAGACUGGGUGGAAAGGAAUCAGAGGCUGCAGCAAGACAAAAACAGCAAAUGAUGCUCAUGCAAUCUAAAUACCAACAAAAGCACAAGAGAGAAGAAUACAUGAAAGCAAAAAAAGCAGCAGAAGAAGCUGAAAUCCUGAAAAAGAAAGCAAUUCAGAGAGAAAAGGCAGAGAGACUUGAAGUUAAAAAAAGGCAACAAGAAAUGCAAAGAAGAGAGAUGUUCCUCGAAGACCGAUAUUACAAAACCAAUGAAUUAUUGAACAGAUUGGACUUGGGCUUGCCAAAGAGUGAUUCCUGUCAGAUUGCUAAUCGUGGCCCAGAAUCAACAGCACGGGCUCAAUUAAAGGAAUUGAAACAAAAGCAGGAGGAGGAAGCCAGGACAAGAGCACUUCAAAAUGAACAGAGGAGGGUAAAUAAUGCUUUCCUGGACCGACUCCAGAACAAAGAACAGACUAAUAGCAUCUGCCAACCUGGAUAUUCUGGGAGUCUGGACUACCUCAGUAAUGGUGCCUGGGGAUCAAACUACUUGGAAUAAAGGAUCAGUGUUACUGAAAGAACAAACAAAUCUGUAUGAACAGUGAAAUGUCUUUGAGAACCAUGGCCUGCAAUGGAGAUGAUAAGAAGUUACAUUUAUCCACAAAUUGAUGUUAACAGGAUGUCUGGAAACUGCUGUUCUUAGCCUGUUGGAAGGCUUCCAGUAUCUCAGAAUUACCACUUCCCCACACAUACAUCCUGGCAAAACUUAAGCUUGAAAGUAAAGGGAUGGUAUGACAUCUUUUUAAAGGGGUUAUAAUGAAAUGAAAGGCUCUGAACUGGGAAAAUGGCUUCAUGUCAGUCAAGAGUUAGGAAGUAAUAGUUGGGUGUGUUUGCUAUCAAUCUGGUAGAGUAAAACUUUGCUAAAGGUUUUUAAAUAAAAACAGUAGGUUCCUCUAGUUACAAAAUGCACCAACAGAAUUAAAUAUCUAUUAUGCAGUGACAUAAAAAUAAAUUUUAUAAGUUUAUAGCAUAGUAUAGUAUUAUUGUAUAUAAUGAACGUUUUUUGUUUGUUUGUUUUUGAAAUUGUUCUUGACAAAUAUAAUCUGGAGUGAUGAUCUCAGUGUUAUUUCAGAAGCCACCCUUCCAACAGGAAAUUGUAUGGGGUUGGAAGCUACAACAGGACAUGUUGAGAAAUAUUCAACCUAACAGAAUGACUAAACCAUUACGAUCAGCUGUUCUGAAAUCCAAUAUAAGCUGACAGUAAGAUUCCUAUGUUUAGAUUUUACAGUCUGUCUAAAUCAGAAACUACCUUCCUGUGAAGAAAUGCAAUGUUCAUUUAAGGACUUACAAGACUGAUUCUCCAUUAUGUUCCUAAAAGUUGUUCCAACAGUUUAACUGUCCCUACAUUUAAAAAUAGCUACCUGACUCCUAACUGAAACUUGCCAAGUUUCAGGUUUUCAUUACUGAAUUUUCUUAUACAAUUGCCUAGCACAUUAAAAAGUUUUGUUAUUGGGA